CUCUCUAUCUCUUUCUUCCCCAUACCCACGCGUGCACGUACACAUGCACAUUCAUAUAUGUUUCCAUCACAAAAGAAGCUCUGUCGUGACGGCCAUAGUCACUCUCCAUGAUUAAGCUUAUAUAAGAGACAGACAGACAGAGAGAGAGAAGAGAGAAGAGAUCGAGGGCGUGCGUGCAAAAUUUUUAGCCAAUAAUGGACAAUUUAUUGUGGAUUUUGUUUGUAAUAACAGUAAGUUUAUUAUCCACCAUCAUUUUCCACAACAAAAAUAAACUCAAAUCAUCAUCAUCUUCCUCAAGAUCACACUUCAUAACAUCAACAACAACCAGAAAUCUUCCCCAGCUCCCUUUAGGCUCUCUCGGUUGGCCUUUUCUCGGUGAAACCUUGGAGUUCAUUUCUUGUGCCUAUUCUGAACGCCCUGAAAGCUUUGUGGACAAACGUCGCUGCAUGUACGGGAAGGUGUUCAAGUCACAUAUCUUUGGAACUUCGACUAUAGUUUCAACGGAUGCAGAAGUGAGUAGAUUUGUUUUGCAGAGUGAUGCAAAGGCGUUUGUGCCAUCAUAUCCCAAAUCUCUGACUGAAUUGAUGGGAAAGUCUUCGAUUUUGCUCAUCAAUGGAAGCUUACAAAGGAGAAUCCAUGGACUUAUAGGAGCUUUCUUCAAGUCUCCUCAUCUUAAAGCUCAAAUCACUCGAGACAUGCAAAAAUAUGUGCAGAAAUCAAUGGACACUUGGACUGAAGAUCAGCCUAUUUACAUUCAAGAUGAAACCAAAAGUAUUGCCUUUCAAGUACUAGUCAAAGCAUUGAUUAGUUUGGAUCCAGGUGAAGAAAUGGAGUUCUUGAAGAAACAGUUCCAAGAAUUUAUCUCCGGACUCAUGUCUUUACCUGUUAACAUUCCUGGAAGUCAACUCUAUAGAUCCUUACAGGCGAAGAAGAAGAUGGUUAAGUUAGUACAGGAGAUUGUUCAAUCUAAAAGGAGUGGUGGGAUCUCAUCAGUUCCGAAAGAUGUGAUCGAUGUGUUGUUGCUCAACAAUGCAAGCGAUCAGCCAUUAACUGAUGAUCUAAUCGCGGACAAUAUGAUUGAUAUGAUGAUUCCAGGAGAGGAUUCAGUUCCAGUUCUUAUGACUCUUGCAAUUAAAUAUCUUUCAGAUUGCCCGGCUGCUCUCAAUCAGCUGACGGAAGAAAACAUGAAGUUGAAAAGACUGAAAGCUGAGCUUGGAGAACCAUUGUCUUGGAGUGAUUACUUAUCAUUAACUUUUACACAAGCUGUAAUUACAGAAACUCUAAGGAUGGGAAAUAUAAUAAUUGGAGUGAUGAGAAAGGCCAUGAAAGACAUUGAGUUUAAAGGGUAUCUAAUACCAAAAGGGUGGUGCUUUUUUGCAUACUUUAGAUCGGUUCAUCUUGAUGAAAGUAACUAUGAUUGGCCUUAUCAAUUCAACCCCUGGAGAUGGCAAGAUAAUAAAGACAUCGGCAAUUGUAACUUCACUCCUUUUGGAGGUGGACAAAGACUAUGCCCUGGUCUUGACUUGGCCAGGCUGGAAGCUUCCAUCUUUCUGCACAACUUUGUUACUCAAUUCAGGUGGAUGGCUGAGGAAGACACAGUUGUCAACUUUCCCACAGUAAGAAUGAAGAGAAGACUGCCGGUUUGGGUCAAAAGAAGAGGAGAUUCAUCUUGAGCCAUGAAAACCAUUAGAGUUGCAGAGAGAAACUUUCAUAUAACACCAUUGAUAACACACAAGAAUCCAACAACAAAACACCAAAACAAACCAAAAUAAUAUAAAAUUAGGGUUUGGUUUUGGUCACAGUGCAUGCAUGCACACGGGUGGGGUGGGGGCUCUCAGAAUUAUUACUCAGACCCCAUAGCUGACUUGUUUGUCUUCUUUCUUAUACAUAUUUAUAUCUUGACAAUUAAUUAAUAUUAGAAAUUAAUUAUUUUUUUUUU